GUUCGAAAGGCGGGACUUCGCUGGGGGUGGGUCUCCUCCGCGGGGGGUGAGGGGGGUAGGACUCUGGCCUUCGUGGCGGCUGGCUGGCUGACUGACUGGCCCCAGGUCCCGUUAGUUUGGCGGAGGCGAUGGCUACGCGCGCGUUGAGGCUGCUGAUCAUUCUGCUGGCUGCCGCUGCCGUUGCUGCUGCCGCUGCCUCCCCAACCGAAAUCGAAUCCGAGACAGGAUGGGUCAUGGCGGCACCUGAUCUGCUCUUCGCGGAGGGGACCGCGGCCUAUGCGCGCGGGGACUGGGCCGGGGUGGUGCUGAGCAUGGAGCGGGCGCUGCGCUCGCGGGCAGCCUUGCGCGCCCUCCGCUUGCGCUGCCGUACCCAGUGUGCCGCCGACCUCCCGUGGGAGCUGGAUCCGCACUCGCCCCUGAGCCCGGCCCAGGCCUCGGGCGCCACCGCCCUGCUUGACCUGCGCUUCUUCGGGGGCCUGCUGCGCCGUGCAGCUUGCCUGCGCCGCUGCCUUGGGCCGCCGGGCACCCACGCACUCAGCGAGGAACUGGAGUUCGAGUUCCACAAGCGGAGCCCGUACAACUAUCUGCAGGUCGCCUACUUCAAGAUAAACAAGUUGGAGAAAGCUGUAACGGCAGCACACACCUUCUUUGUGGGCAACCCAGAGCACGUGGAGAUGCGUCAGAAUCUAGACUAUUACCAAACCAUGUCUGGGGUGAAGGAGGCCGACUUCAAGGAUCUUGAAGCCAAACCCCAUAUGCAGGAGUUUCGGCUGGGAGUGCGACUCUACUCUGAGGAGCAGCCUAGGGAAGCCGUGCCCCACUUAGAGGCAGCGCUGCAGGAGUACUUCGUGGCCCAGGAGGAGUGCCGUGCGCUCUGCGAGGGUCCCUAUGACUAUGAUGGUUACAACUACCUCGAGUACAACGCUGACCUCUUCCAAGCCAUUGCAGAUCAUUACAUCCAGGUCCUCAGCUGUAAGCAGAACUGUGUCACCGAGCUUGCCUCCCACCCAAGUCGAGAGAAGCCCUUUGAAGACUUCCUACCAUCCCAUUAUAAUUACCUGCAGUUUGCCUACUAUAAUAUUGGGAAUUAUACACAGGCUAUUGAAUGUGCCAAGACCUAUCUCCUCUUCUUUCCCAAUGAUGAAGUGAUGAACCAGAAUCUGGCCUACUACACAGCUGUGCUUGGGGAGGAGCAGGCCAAAUCCAUUGGCCCCCGAGAGAGUGCCCAGGAAUACCGGCAGCGAAGCCUGCUGGAGAAAGAACUGCUUUUCUUCGCUUAUGAUGUCUUUGGAAUUCCCUUUGUUGAUCCGGAUUCAUGGACGCCUGAGGAGGUGAUUCCCAAGAGACUACAAGAGAAACAGAAGUCAGAACGGGAAACAGCCGUCCGCAUCUCCCAGGAAAUCGGAACCCUCAUGAAGGAAAUUGAGACGCUUGUGGAAGAAAAGACUAAGGAGUCGGUAGAUGUAAGCAUGCUGGUCCGAGAAGGUGGCUCCCUGCUCUAUGAGGGGAUCAGGCUCACCAUGAAUUCCAAGCUCCUGAACGGUUCCCAGCGUGUCGUGAUGGAUGGCGUGAUCUCAGACGCUGAGUGUCAGGAGCUGCAGAGCCUGACCAAUGCAGCUGCAACUGCAGGAGACGGCUACCGGGGUCACACCUCCCCCCACACCCCCAAUGAAAAGUUCUACGGUGUCACUGUCUUCAAAGCCCUCAAGCUGGGACAGGAAGGGAAAGUGCCCCUUCAGAGUGCCCACCUGUACUACAACGUGACUGAGAAGGUGAGGCGCGUCAUGGAGUCCUACUUCCGCCUGGACACACCCCUCUACUUCUCCUACUCCCACCUGGUGUGCCGCACUGCCAUUGAAGAGGCACAGGCUGAGAGGAAGGACAGUAGCCACCCAGUCCACGUGGACAACUGCAUCCUGAAUGCCGAGGCCCUAGUGUGUGUCAAGGAGCCCCCUGCCUACACCUUCAGGGACUACAGUGCCAUUCUUUACCUAAAUGGGGACUUUGAUGGAGGAAACUUUUACUUCACUGAACUAGAUGCCAAGACCGUGACAGCGGAGGUGCCCCCACGGUGUGGAAGGGCGGUGGGAUUCUCUUCGGGCACUGAAAACCCACAUGGAGUGAAAGCUGUCACCAGGGGGCAGCGCUGUGCCAUCGCCUUGUGGUUCACCUUGGACCCUCGACACAGUGAACGGGUGAGAGCAGGGCUUUGUGUGUACAGGACAGAGUGCAGGCCGAUGACCUGGUAAAGAUGCUCUUUAGCCCUGAAGAGAUGGACCUCCCCCAGGAGCAGCCCCCAGGAACCCAGCAGGACCCCCUACAGCCUGCAGAAGAGCCCCUGUCAGGCAGCGAGUCAGGGCACAAAGAUGAGCUAUGACAGCAUCCACGUCACACCCGGAUGGGUGAGGAGACCUGCGGACAGAUAUUCUGUCCUGCACCUGGGACUGGCCAGCCCCUCAGAACUGCAGAACAGUGGAGAACCGGCAUCUGCUGCCCAGUGGGGGGAC